AAGAAAACAGUCCGGAAGCGGCGGCGCAGCGGUGAAAUAGGAAGUGUAAAAUGGAGGCAGCCGUGUUCAUCUUUUCACUCUUCGACUGCUGCGCUUUAAUAUUCCUCUCCGUGUACUUCAUUAUUACUCUGUCUGAUCUGGAAUGUGACUACAUCAACGCUCGAGCUUGCUGUUCAAAGUUAAACAAAUGGGUGAUACCUGAGAUGAUCGGUCAGGCUCUGGCCACAGUGUUAAUGCUGGUGUCCAUGCACUGGUUUGUGUUCCUGCUCAACCUUCCUGUGGCAUCAUGGAAUGUGUACAGAUACGUGAAGGUCCCGAUGGGGAACAUGGGGGUGUAUGAUCCCACAGAGAUUCAUAACAGAGGCCAGUUGAAGUCCCAUAUGAAGGAAGCAAUGAUCAAACUGGGCUUCCACCUUCUCUGCUUCUUCAUCUACCUGUACAGCAUGAUCCUGGCGCUGAUCAACGAUUGACCCACAGCAGUCUUCAAGAACAAACUGCCAAAUCAUAAACUGGCCUUUGUAAAACUAAAUUCAUCCACCCCAAACAGAAGAUGCGCUCCAGCUUUCCUCAAGACAUCAUCACUAUUCUACUGAUAGAAAAACACAACCCACAUCUGCUGACCACAAACCGUGAUGAAGCGUGAGACGUCAUUUGGCUCCCGUUUACAUGUGUAUGUUAUAAUUGUGUUGGACUGAGUGAUAUUGAACUGCUUCUCAGAGCGGAAGCAUCAAGACAAUCGCACUGACUAAUUGGACCGUCUGUUUGGCAAGUUUAAGAGCGCAAACAUGGCACUCACAGGUGAACCCAACAUGCCCACGUCACAUUUCACCCUGAAGUCAAAGAAAAAAUAAGAGAUUAUAUUAUAUUAAAGAAAAUAACGCCUGUUUUAACACCAUUAAGGAUUUUUGCAUUGUAACAUCAUUUUCAGGACACCUAAGCAUAUCAUUUUUUUAUUUUGAAAUUCCUCUUAUUCUCAAUGUUUUUCUUUUAUUCAUAUCAGCAUUAAUUAAAAGAAAUACAACAGAUACUAUCUUAAUGCAUGAAUACUUAACUCUUGAAUGAAUGAAUGUCACAAUGAUGUUGUAAUAGUUCUAAAAUAGGCUUUAUUUUCUUUAAGCAAAUAUAGAGAUUUUCUGAAAAAAAGUCUCGAUCUUGACCCCCGCAUGUAUUUUUGAAAUGUCAAUCCUUGAAAUUGUUUGCGUAUGUUUAAUUGUUUGCAGUUUAAUGGAGUGUGACUCAAAGUACAACGAGAAUAACCAUUAUGAGAAUAAGAUGGUCAUCUCUAAACAUCAUCUGUCAUAACAGCGAUCGCCGAUUCUAUUGAACUUAUUAGUGAUGUGGAUUUCAAUGGCAUGUUUUUGAUUCAGAGCAUAAAUUACCUGAUAAUUAUCAUUUUAAAAAAACAUGUCAGAUUUAUAUCAAACCAGUCAACCUGAUAUUUGCUCAUUUUGAAGUGAAAUUUCAUCCUUAUAUCUUGAAUCUUACAAAAUCUAUCAGGAAUAUGUCCAGAUCAUAAUUGGCCCCCAAUUAAAAAUCAAAAAGAAAUUAUGAAUUUUAUUUUACAUGGAUCCUAUUCUAAGGCCACUAAGACUUUUUGAAUUUCCAUAAUUUUCACGACAGUUAAGCAAAAUGUCCCCAAAUGCCUCCAAACGUUUUUAUAUUGUUCUUAAACAUGGGUGUGUGAUAACAGGUUUCUAAACAAUACACCUCUCUAGCGAUGGGUCCAGCCAAACAGUGCGUCACAUGAUCUUAAUUCAGUUUUAUUGAACAGUGUUGUCCUGGAUUGGGACAGAUGUGUACAUUUAGCGGUCUUUCUAUAAAAUAUAACCUGGAAGAACAGGUGCAGUAAUGUUUGUCAUUAUAAUACUAUCAUCUGAGAGGGUUUGGUUUUAUGCAUGUAGUAUUCGUGUCAUCCGUCAUGGGUUUUUUUUCUCUCUUUUUGCAUUUUUUGGCAUUUGUGGGUUUUCUUAAAUAAAAGAUGAUAAUAAACAAGUUCUCACCAUUCAUUCAUUUAAUCAAAAUACGAUACUUGGAAAUUGAAUUUUAAAUUAAAAUUAGAAUUUUAAAGUUGCAAUAUAUUUCAUAGGGAAAAAUACAGAAAGUCACAUGUAAUGUAAAAACCACCAUUGUGUCCUUGAGCAAGGCACUUAACUCCAGGUUGCUCCGGGGGGAUUGUCCCUGUAAUAUUGCUAAUGGAAUAGAGAGCAAUAAUUGGGUUCAGGUUAAAAAAAAAAAAUAAGGAAAUUGACAGUGCAGCUUCUAAAUGAAAAAUAAUUAACUAAGCUCAACUUUUUGAAACAAAAUAGAAAAAAAUAUAUCAGAUUAUGAAAACUGAAAUGAAUGUGUCACAUGUCAAAUAACUGCAUGUAGAUUUCUAAGCUGCGGAACACUGCCGACAGUCAUGAAAAACUUUCCAAGAAAUAUGAAAAAUAUUUUUUCUGGUUUCAUUCAAUUCUAAAAUAUUUCAUUGGUUAUAAAUUGCUCUUUGUCUGCAAAAUGAUUUGAAAGAAAUUCAGUAAAUGCAAAUGAUGGAAAUGAAUUGUGUAAAAAGUUCAA